AUGACCAAGGGCACCAUCGAAGAGAAGAUCUACCACCGCCAGAUCUUCAAGCAAUUCUUGACCAAUAAAAUCACCCGUGAUCCUCACCAACGAGAAGGUUUCCAGCUAAGUGAUCUUUAUGAUUUGUUCACUCUUACGGACGAAAACGACGCCGAGUUGGAGACGACCAAACUCUUCAAGGACGCUGAAGUCACAUAUCAGGAAGAGGCUAAAGAUGAUGCCCGUGGCAGCAAGAGUAAGCCUGCCCCGACUCCUAAGGAGGAAGACGACAUCAACGACAUCCAUGGUAUUGCCAAGGUCGAAGACUUCCAAAACACCGCCGAAGAGGAGAAAAACACCAAAACUUCCGAAGACCGCAUUAUGCAUGGUAUCUUCGCUCGUUCUGGCGUCCACUCUGCAGUACAGCACGACCAGAUCGUAAACGGCAAACGAGUUCUUCGCGCAGACCCCAAGAUGAUCGAAGCUGAAGCUCGCCGCGUCGCUAACGAAGCCGCUGAAGAGCUCCGCAAAGCCGAGGAAACCGCCCGGGCACUCCCAAUUGGACUUCCAACCUGGACAGGCCGUUUUGGGAUGGGGGGCCGCGAAGAUCCACGGGCUGGCGGUAGCUCAGCUCGUCCUGCUGGGGCAGGACCAUCAUCCUCAGACCUUUUGGCCAGGCUCAACCCUGCUGCGGCUGCCGCAGCCGCUGGACAGAGAACCAGCGGUUCCAAUAGUCCAUCAGCACGGAUGCCACGCGGCAAAGAUUUUAUGCCCUUGAUCCGCGAUUUCCUUGCCUCUCAGCGUGGGCCGACCCUGUCGCAGUCGAUUGUUCAUCAUUUCAAUCAUUACUGCUCCAAUCCGCAGCGUGUUGCGGAGUUCCAGGAGUCGUUGAAGAAGGUUGCGACACUUGAACAUGGUCGGGAUCGUCGGGGACGGUGGACACUGAAGCCUGAAUUUGCCCGGAAUGCCAAUAAUCGGGGACGGUGA